AUGUCCGCCCACCCCGAGAUCACCCGCCCGCGCUCCCGCGACGACGGCCCACAGGGCGACCCCUACCCGGCCGCGCCACCCCCCGCCCUCACCGCCACCCCCAGCAACGACCAGCCGCGCCCAGGGCCCGCCCCGACCCCUGGUCCUCGUCUCAAACCCCGUGGCGCCCCCGCCGUCGGCAGCCGCGCGACCGCCCCCAACGUCUUCUACGGCCUCCAGGCCGCGGGCUACGUCCCCGCCGAUCCCAACGAUCCCGCGCGAUCCCUCGCCGUCGCGUCCCCCGACGCUGCCGCCGUCGCCGCGGCUGCCAUCGCGUUCGCCAACGCCAGCGCCAACGGGGCCUCGCCCGCGUGGGACGGCACCCAGCCGCCGCCGGAUGGCGCCGAGGUGCCAGGCAGCCCCUCCGCCAUCGGGACGCACUACAUCAACACCAGCGCCGUCCCCCGCCUGCCGCCCAUACUCCAGGUCGAAAAGCAGCAGGUCACGACCUCGGCCACCCAGGCCGCCAGCGCGAGCCGCAGGCGGAACGAGGCCAACUUUGUCUGCCCCGUCCCUGGAUGUGGCAGUACCUUCACCAGGCGUUUCAAUCUCAGAGGUCAUCUACGCUCGCAUACCGAGGAACGCCCUUACGUCUGCGAGUGGCCCGGCUGCGGAAAGGGAUUCGCCCGGCAGCACGAUUGCAAACGGCACCAGGCGUUGCAUUAUCAGCGCACGACCCAAAACGUGUGUCAUGGCUGUGGCAAGACGUUCAGUCGUUUGGACGCUCUGAACCGCCACUUGCGAUCUGAAGGAGGCGCAGACUGCCGUGCUCAGCACGCCGCGAUGCAAUCUCAGCAGAACAUGCCGCCCGCGCCAGCGACGGUGGAGGCGGCGUCGCCCGCUCCCCCGAGCGGACGCGCCCUGCGCAAAACGACGCCUUCCGCUCCCAGCGAUCCCACCGCGUCCGCAUAUGGACGCUUCGCGGUUGCCGGUGGCACCGGCGCGCCAGGCCCGAACGGGGAGGGUCAAGAGCAAUGGGAGCAGCGAAGCAAUACGGCUGCCGACCAGGAGACCGCUAACGGGCUCCUUCCGCCCAUAUCCAGCUCGCGCGGGACAUCGUAAUCGUCGUCGGCCCAACCGGAGCGCACCGCGCGGUCGCCGCUUCUUUCGUUUCUAUUUCUUUAUUGGUCUCAAUCCCGAUUGACUCUGUGUGCUCCUACCGGCGGAGUUCCGGCCCCGAUGUGCUACGUUGUACAAUUAAUACUCUCCUGUCUUACCCUUGGCGAGUAUAAUAUGUCAGGUUAUGGACCGAUCUCAUUUUCUC